UCUCGCGAGACUUGGCCCAUGGGAAUGUCAAGUGUCAACAAGGAGGAGACGACAGCGCCUCCACCGCCGCAGCACAAGUGUCCAGAGCUGGGAGGGGGCGCGACGAGGCGGCUCGAUCGUCCGGUGAGCCCGGUCCUUUUUCCUGUCCUCUGAAUUAACUUCAGUGUGAGAUGGGGGAUGACCGCCCAUUUGUCUGUACUGCCCCUGGAUGCGGGCAGGGAUUCACCAACGAAGAUCAUCUUGCUGUGCAUAAACACAAGCAUGAAAUGACAUUGAAAUUUGGUCCUGCGAGGACAGACUCUGUCAUCAUAGCAGACCAGACUCCCACACCCACUCGUUUCCUGAAGAACUGUGAGGAAGUUGGACUAUUCAAUGAGCUGGCCAACUCCUUUGAACAGGACUUUUGUAAAGCACAGGAUGAGGAGCAAAGGGCAAAAAACCUGGCUGCAGCGUUACAAUCACAAGGAGCAGCUCCACAAACCCAAAGAGCGGCAAAAGAUGAAGAUGAGGAUCCUUUAGAAGUAGAUUCUUCUCCUCCUGAUAGUCCAGAUUCUUCCUCCUGCAUGUCAGACGACAGCAAAGACUCCAGGGAGAUUCUCACAAAGCCAAGUUCUGCCCCGACUCCAACCAUUGUGCGUCCAGGUUCUCUGCCUCUACACCAUAGCAAUGAUUUGCUACACCCUACGCUGCCAUCUCCCACGUCUGUCAUCACGCAGGCUCCGCCCUCCAACCGCCAGCUCAGCUCACCAACAAGUUCAUAUCCGCUAGUAAGGCACCUUGCUAACGGGCAGACAGUCCCUCUUCUGCCCAGUCCUGUUCAGCUGACUUCAGUCAUAUCUCUUGCAAGACCUGGCAAAACUGUGCCCAACAUCCCUGGGAUCCCAGGUCCCCAAGUGGGCGGGGCCAGCAGCGGUUCAUCUUCACCAUCAGGGUAUCAUCUGCAAUCUGAGACCAAGAUGCGUUUGAAAGCAGCCCUGAGUAAUCAAGGCAUAGGAGCGCACGAAGGCGGUAGCGGGGGGGCGGGAUCCUUCCCAGCCGUUCCCCAGAGGCAGGAACACGGCCAGCAGCCCACUCAAAAUUCAGAUGCACCAUCACCUGCCCAACCACAGGUGUCCCCUGCACAGCCAACCGGGGGCCGGCGGCGGCGAGCCUCCGAGAUGGACCCCGACGAGAGGAGGCAGCGUUUUCUGGAGAGGAACCGAGCAGCUGCCUCACGCUGCAGGCAAAAGCGAAAGCUGUGGGUGAACUCUUUGGAAAAGAAGGCGGAUGAUCUCGUCAGCAUGAACAUCUCGCUAACGAAUGAAGUAACGCUGCUGAGGAACGAGGUGGCUCAGCUGAAGCAGCUCCUCCUGGCCCACAAAGAUUGCCCCGUCACUGUUAUGCAGAAGAAAGCAGCUUUCUUAGCUGCAGGAGGAGAGGAAGCCUCUAGAGAGACUUCCGCCGAGCCCAUCGGAUCCCCAGCAGCUGUUAUCCAACACGGGUCGUCGCCCGCCGCCCCGCCCUCCAGCCCGGGGCCCACCAUCAACGGGAUGAGCGUCCGCGCCGCAGAGGCGGUGGCUAUGUCCGUCUUGGCUGGCAUGGGAUCGGGCCAGCCCGGAGGGGUCGUCAUGGUGACGCAGUCCCAGUCAACACCGAGAUGAUGUGCCGACGCAGGUAGCCAGUAUAGACUCGAGUGGCAUUUGGAGGCCGGACAGGUGCAAGGUGGUAUAACGGAGGAGCCUCCAUCACUCCCACACCCUCAGACUAGGACCCUUGCCUCCCAUCACGCCAAUGAUAAUCACACAAAGACAUCGGGCUGCUGCUAGCCCUUCCUGUCUCUGUGUCUGUAAAUAGGGAAAACACUCUGGGAGCUAUGGGUUCCUGUUCAAAAGUUCUUGUUUGAAUGAGAAGUAUGAAUGAAAAAUCUUUAAAGCUCACUUUUAUCAAUCCCACACGAAAUCCAGUGCCUGUCUCUGUGUGGCCCAUAAACUAAACUGUAAUGAAUUAGCACCACCUGCCCCACACUCACCCCCUCCCACCAACCUGUUAGCACACGCCCAACAGUGUUUUAGUAAUGCAGUGACCUUCCGCUGAAGUGCGGGUGGCUUAAUGCAAGCUGUUGUCGCUUUCUGCUUUGUUUUUAAAGCAUUUCUCGCUCCUUUUUAAAUAUCUACACCAGGGAUAUCCAAACUGCAGCUUGUUUUUAAUUGGCACCGGGGUAUAUAAAAAAAAUUUAAUCUAGAAAGUUACAGCAAAAAGAGCAUCAUUUUAAGGAGACAUAAUUUAUAAUGAUAACAUGCUUCGUCUCCUACACACUAAGCAGAGAUGCAAGCUGUUUUUUUCAUAGCAUAUCUACACUGAAUUGACUUUUAGCCUGUAAACAAAAUGCUAAAUAGUACGUUUUUUGUAAAGUUUGGACACUGGCUGGCCCAAAUAUUCACAGUAAUUUAGUUGGAUCGCCUUUAUCUUUAAUUUCAUAACACACGUCUCAUGUCCAUGUCACAAUCAAUCAUUUGUGUCCAGACAUAAGAGCAGCUUACAAUAUUAUCAUAUAUUUAGAUUUGCUCACUGUUGCGUAGAUUUUCACUUGUACAUCCUUUCCAUUAGGACUUGAUUGUAUCACCCAACAUUUUCUUUAAUUUACUGGAUUAGAUUAACUCCAGUGUUUCUCAUACAUUCAUUGAAGCUACCUUUUCACCCUCGCUUAUAAACACACUUUAAUGAGAGUGUCCGCGAAUGUACCUUUUGUUCUUACAACUCAGUCCAUACAAUAGGUGGCGGCAUGUAUUGUAACUACCCUUCUUCGAAGGAAUGAUAAGCACUUGGUCUGCCAGAGAAUAAGACGACGUGGUAGGAGAAAUCCGGGUUGCCAACACUUAUUAAGCCAUUAUUUAAACCCAUUUUAAUAAUUUUUUUGCAAGAUGAAUCUAGCCAACCUUUCUCAUGUCAUUUGACACUUUAAGAAACUAACUUAACGAUCUAUGAGUCCUGCUGUACCCCUCAUAUCAGUUGUCUUACUCUAACCUGUCAAAUUUGGGCCUGGCAGUGUAUUUCUUACUUGGAGUUAAUUGUUCCUGAAUAACAUUUAUUUUAGUGCUUUACAAGCCCGCUGAGUGUUGCCAGACCGCUUUCAUCUUCAACAAUCCUCCCCUUCAGAGUGUUCUAUUAGACAUAAAUAAUAUAUAAAACCCUAUAGACCGAAUGGAUUAUUCAAGGUUGAUGUAAACCACUUAAUUCAUCACACCGAGUGGCAUUUUAGCCAUUUUACAACACCACCUUGGUGACUCAUGGAUUAACGGUUAGCUUUAGAUGCCCUUUUAAAACAAUUGGAGAGAGAACUAGCGGAUUGAAUGCAUUUCAUUUGAGCAAAGAGUUGUGCAAUAUAUUUUUAUAUUAAGUCUCAAUGUUUUUUGCGUUCUGCGCAGUCACUGAGAGAGCGGCGCGGUCGAGCAGAAUGUGAAUGCGUGUGUUCUUGAAUGGAUGCGAUCGGCGGUUAUGCACGUUGGUCGGACAUCGCACUUGUCCUGGGUUUGCGGUUUUGUAUCAUGAAGUAGACAAAAGUACUUGUGCAAGGUGCUUCUUUUGAAAUGUUCAGUUUGUAAUUGCAGAUUGUUUUUUAACGCCUUGUACUUCCAAGACUGUCCUGUCGUUUCCCCCUCGUCACUGUCACCUUGACAACCCUUUUCGUUUUUGUUUUUUUAAAUGUCUGUGUGCCCCCAAACCCCUCUCCCGCCCAUCAUGUCAUAAAUAUUUUUGAACCAGUCUUGUAUAUUUAACAGAGGUUGAACCACAUAGAGAAAUGUCUCUCGAAGAUAUUUGUUCAGAGGGAGUUGCUCGGAUACUCAGGCCUCAAGAUGGGAGAAAUACGUGUGUAUAGGCUAAUGAAUACAUUGUCUUGGGAAAAUAAAAUAACUUAAUGGACAAAAAAAAGUGUUUUCACCGUGUUUUCAAUCACAAAAGCAUCUAAAUGACCUUUUAAAAAGUCAAAAAGUACAAAAAAAUCAGGUACAAUACUGGCUUUGUAUUUACUUGGUAUCAGUAGUGGUGGGUUAAACGAUACAGAAGCAUCAAUGCCCUCUGAAACAUUAGGGAGUGAUACCGUGUCUCUCGAUACCUUGAUGCGUGUGUCCCUUUAAGAAAAAAAACGUGACUGAUACAACAGCUGUGUCAUUUGACUGCAAAAGGCCUAACUGUUUAUCAUCAACUGGCAAUAGUGAUAGUUCCUGAAAAAAGUCAGGGGAGUUGUGGAACGUGUUUUGACAUGCGUUUUUUUGUCUCCAUUAACGACCUAAAUUGAACUAAAACAGUAAAAUUACCUAAUUACUCAAGCACCUGUACCUUUUUUCUGUUUACUAUGUGGCUCAUUUACCAAAGUUAUGUGUUUCAUUUUCCUUUCUGUGCAGCAAUUUGUUUGAAAAUAACAAAAAAUAAUAAUUGUAUUCGUCGGUCAAAUGUAGUGACUAUUUUAAUCCAGCAGAUGGCGGACAACCUUUAUGAAACACUAACAAAGUAUCAGUGCAGUGUCAAUACAGCCAGUGAGUGGACCACACACUCACUGAGGCGUCAUUUACCCAGCACUAGCUAUCAGUAUUUAAUUGAUUUAAUUUAGUCAAGUCCUGUUUAAGUAUUUUUAUUUUAUUUUUCAUCUUUUCACUUUUUUAAUCCUUUAUUUUAUCCUUUUCUGGUCCUGUGUGCACAAAUCCCUCGUUUAUCGCUGUUAAUUGGUUCUAGACAUAACUACAAUAAAUGAAUUUCUGCGAAGUAAGAAUCGGCAAUUAUGAAUCUAUACUUAAUAUUUGAUACAUUUAUAUAAUUUAGUAUAAUAUUUAUUUCAUAUAAUUUCAUAGCUAGAGCAUAAAAAACCUGUUCACGACGUUCUAAAUAUGUUUGUCAACAUUAUGAAAUAACACCCUUUAGUCACCAUCACACUUUUAAUCCAGCAUACGAGCCAAUCAGUGGCUACUAUACUAAAAGCAUGCCUGGUUUGGUCUCCUCAAAUACUACAGUUUUGAUAUAUUUAGUUUAAUCAGCCACAGGGGUUGGAAUUGGGGGUUAAAACACCAAAAUGAUUCCCGAGCACGGCCACCGCUGCUGCUCACUGCUCCCCUCACCUCCCAGGUGUUGGAACAAGGGGAUGGGUCAAAUGCAGAGGGUAAUUUCACCACACUUAGUGUGUGUCAUCAGAGGUACUUUACUUUUUUUGUUAUUUUUUAAAUGCUUUGUUUAGGGAAAUAUUUUGUAUAAUAUGUUCAAACCAUAUCCACAAUGUGGUAAAGCUGCAAUAUUUAAAACAUGAUGUGGCAAGGAAUGACGGUAAUUGUAUGUAAUAACGAAAUAUGU